GAAGUUGCCGGAGUUAUGAGAGCUGUUCGCCGUUGCAAUGCAACCGGUGCGUUUUCAUGGAUCGGUAGCGACGGAUGGAGCGCCAGGGGGUUAGUCAGUAAUGGUAACGAGCCAGAAGUCGAAGGUACUCUAUCGGUUCAACCUCAGGCCAAUCCUGUCAAAGGUUUCGAGGAAUACUUCCUGAAUCUGACCGUGGAGAACAACCGGAGGAAUCCGUGGUUCGUCGAAUUCUGGGAAGACCACUUUCAGUGCAGAUAUCCGAAUGCGUCCAGAACUCCGUACAAUCAAAAGUACACGAAACCCUGCACGACGAAGGAGAGAUUGACGAGACAGAACACGGCUUUCGAGGAUCAACUGCAGUUCGUUUCCGACGCUGUCAUGGCGUUCGCCUAUGCCUUCCGGGAUAUGCACAAAGACCUUUGCCAUGGGAAACCUGGACUUUGCGACGCGAUGAAGCCCACUAAGGGUACGGAGCUCUUGAAGUAUCUCAGGAGGGUGAACUUCGAAGGUUUAAGCGGCGACAAGUUCAAGUUCGACAAGAACGGGGACGGACCGGCUAGAUACAAUAUCAUACACUUCAAACAAAUCGAGCCUGGCAAGUACAAGUGGAUUCGAGUCGGCAAAUACCUGGAGGGUGAAUUAAAGUUGAAUAUGUCCGAAAUCCAAUUUAAACUUGGACAUCCUCAGCCACCCGAAAGCGUGUGCUCUCUACCCUGCGAAAUCGGCCAGGCAAAGAAAUACGUGGAGGGUGAGAGAUGCUGUUGGCACUGCUUCAACUGCACUCAAUAUCAGAUACGGCAUCAGAAGGACGAGACCCAGUGUACUCACUGUCGUCAAGGCACGGUACCAGACGAGACCCAUUCUACUUGCCGUGACAUCCCGGAGGAAUUCCUGCGACCAGAAAGCGGCUGGGCAAUAGGAGCAAUGUCUUUCUCCGCUACAGGGAUACUGAUAACUUUAUUCGUCUGUGGGGUGUUCCUGAAGCACAACGACACACCGGUGGUACGUGCAUCUGGCCGCGAGCUGUCAUACGUUCUGCUCUCCGGGAUUCUGCUCUGUUACCUCGUCACCUUCGCCCUUGUCCUCAGACCGACGGACCUGGUCUGCGGCAUUCAGAGAUUCGCCGCUGGUUUCUGUUUCACCGUCGUCUACGCAGCCCUCUUAACGAAGACUAAUCGAAUAUCGAGGAUCUUCAACGCGAGCAAACAUGGCGCCAAAAGGCCGUCGUUCAUAUCGCCGCGAUCGCAGCUGAUCAUUUGUUCCGGCCUAGUGUUCGUGCAAAUUUUAGUUAAUGGUGUCUGGAUGAUAAUCGACCCGGAUACAGCGAAGCACCACUAUCCGACCAGGGAAGAUAAUUUGCUCGUUUGCAACAGUUACAUAGACGCCAGUUACAUGAUCGCCUUUGCCUACCCCAUCAUGCUGAUCGUCGUGUGCACCGUGUACGCUGUUCUCACCAGAAAGAUCCCAGAAGCUUUCAACGAGAGCAAACACAUCGGUUUCACCAUGUACACCACCUGCGUCAUAUGGCUGGCUUUCGUGCCGCUGUAUUUCGGGACCGGGAACAAUGUCGCAUUGAGGAUCACAUCGAUGUCAGUCACUAUAAGCCUAUCCGCAUCCGUGACUAUAGCGUGUCUCUUUAGCCCGAAGCUGUAUAUCAUUUUAAUACGACCAGAAAGGAACGUGCGACAGAGCAUGAUGCCAGCCAGAUAUAGCACGACGAAAAGUUCAGCAGUCACGGCUACCAAUGCCUCUAGCAUGAUAGCGCCUGUUACGCUCACUGCGGCUACAUGCGACCAGAAUAAGACUGUUAAAAAGCACAUCACCACUACCAUAGACUGCUCGACUCAGAGCGAAUAUUACGAGCUGGAGGUGAAGGAUCAGAAAAAUGGAAAACCACCGCCAUCGGUCGUCUCUCGAUCGACCCAGACUACUGGCAACAACGACAAGGACUCGAGUGCGAUGGUAUCGAGCAAAGAAUCGAAAGAGAGCACCACGACAACGAAGCAGCUGAACAACAACGCGAGAAUAGGAAACGGACCAGUGAACCAGAGCGACGUCCCUUUAUAGCAGCAAGCUUCCACAGAAUCAGCUGUUCUG